AUGAUGAACAGAUACCCAAUCUCACUUACAUACAGAGACGAAACUGUAACCAGGAAAACUGCAUCUAAGAACCUUACUCCUGAACUUUUGGAAUCAUUGAUCUCUCAAGCAUUCUUAAUACAAAAGGCUUUCAUUACAAAACAUGUCUUUUGGAAGAAAAAUGAUGAUGAUGUUCAAAGACCAUUAACGAUCUUAGAUGAUUUCGAAAAAUUACGUGAAAAUCAUCUAACAAAUCAUUCUAGUCAUCUUUACAUCUUUGAUGAAGUUCCCACUAUUGAAUCAGAUGGGAAAGGGAAUGAUAAUAAUAUUAUAAUUCAUAAAUCUCAAUUGGAUGAUAUCAUCCAAGCUAUUCAAAGAUUAGAUGAUAGAACUUUACAUAAGGAAAUGGAAGAAUUUAGGUCUAAAGCUACAAAUGAAGAUGAUAUAUUCCCUUCUUUCAAUAUUCAAAGAGGUUCAGAUGGUUGUCUUCGAAUUUCUAUCCCUCCGACAAAUUCUACAUUAAGUUCUUUUUUCUCUCAUAUUACUAGUGAAGAAGAACUGACAAAAUGUAUUAAGAAUUGUCUAGAUCAUGAAAAAUGUUUAGGAACUAAAAAUCAAGAAGGUACCGAUGGUGGAACAAAGCAUACUAAGCCAGAAAAAACCCCUCCAAAAACAAUUAUGUAA